UGCUCAUCACAGGACAUGGCCAGAGUGCUUGGAAUCCAUGCCAGCAGUCAUCACCUGGUCAGUGUGUCAGACAGAAUGUUAAUGCACAGAAGGUCAAAACAGGCUGUGAUGAACUUCAUGAUCUGUCCAGGAGACCAAAGUCCCGGCCAUGCACAGACGUGGACCACAUCUUCCCAGAGUAUAAACACCCCAGGCUGGGCACACUUCAGCACCAUUGGUGGGAGGGAAGCCCUGCAAAGGGUAACACACAGCUGGAGGGAGAACACAGAGGGGAACAUUGCUGACAGACAAGCAACGAUGGACCUGACUUCAAUUCUCUCACUGGAAACCUGGGUCCUCCUGGUAAUCAGCCUGGUGCUCCUAUACCGUUAUGGGACCCGUAACCAUGAUGUUUUUAAGAAGCAGGGAAUUCCUGGGCCCAAACCUCUGCCAUUUUUAGGAACUCUGCUGAAUUACUAUGAGGGUGUAUGGAAAUUUGAUGCUAAGUGCUAUAAAACGUAUGGAAAAAUGUGGGGGUUGUUUGAGGGUCCAACACCUAUGUUAGCUAUCACGGACACAGAAAUGAUCAAAAAUGUACUAGUGAAGGACUGCUAUUCUGUGUUCACAAACCGACGGAAUUUGGGCCCAGCGGGGAUAAUGAAUAAAGCUCUCUCUUCAUCUAAGGAUGAGGACUGGAAGAGAAUUCGUGCCUUGCUGUCUCCCACCUUCACCAGUGGAAAACUCAAAGAGAUGUUCCCAAUCGUUGAACAGUAUGGAGAUAUUUUGGUAAAAUACUUGAGAAGAGAGGCAGAGAAAGGCAAGCCUAUCACCAUGAAAGAAGUGCUAGGGGCCUACAGCUUGGAUGUGAUCACGAGCACAGCAUUUGGUGUGAACGUCGAUUCCCUCAACAACCCAAAUGAUCCUUUUAUGGAAAAGACUAAGAAGCUAGUAAAAAUAGAUUUUUUUAGUCCAUUAUUUAUGUCAGUAGUACUCUUUCCAUUUCUUACACCAAUAUAUGAGAUGUUAAAUGUCUCCAGAUUCCCAAAGGAUUCGAUAGCAUUCUUCAAAAAAUUUGUGGAUAGAAUGAAGGAAAACCGGCUGAACUCUGGUGAGAAGCACAGAGUGGAUUUCUUUCAGCUGAUGAUGAACACUCAAAAUAAUUCCAAAGACAAAGAGUCUCAUAAAGUUCUGUCUGACACAGAAGUCAUGGCCCAGUCAAUUGCCUUUAUUUUUGGUGGCUAUGAAACCACCAGCAGCACCCUUGCCUUUGCACUGUAUUUACUGGCUACUCACCCUGAUAUUCAGAAGAAACUGCAGGAGGAGAUCGAUGUAGCUCUGCCCAAUAAGGCACCUCCCAGCUAUGAUAAAGUGAUGGAGAUGGAGUACCUCGACAUGGUGUUGAGUGAAACCCUCAGAUUAUACGCAAUUUCUGACAGACUUGUGAGAACCUGUAAACAAGAUAUGGAAAUGGAUGGUGUGUUUAUUCCCAAGGGGUCAUUAGUGAUGAUACCAAUUUUUUCUCUUCACCGUGACCCACAGUACUGGCCGGAGCCUGAAGAAUUCCGCCCUGAAAGGUUCAGCAAGCAGAACAAGGGCAGCAUCAAUCCUUAUGUAUACAUGCCCUUUGGAUACGGACCCAGGAACUGCAUUGGUAUGAGGUUUGCUCUCAUGAACAUGAAACUUGCUGUCACUAAACUCCUGCAGAAUUUCUCCUUCCAGCCUUGUAAGGAAACACAGGGCCUCUUAUGUCCUUCUCUUGCUUCCAUUGAGACGGCACAUAUGUGGUAUACAAACACAUGUGCAGAUUCCCUUGAAAUUGCACAGAAAACCACUUCUUAAACCAGAAAAACCCAUUGUUCUAAAGGUUGUACCACGGGAUGUGAUUAUAACUGGAGCGUGACUUUCCCUCAAGGACUCUGCAGUGUUCCUCUUCAGGUGGUGUCCAAGAACAUUGGAAUCUUUAAUUUACUUCAUGAAUAAAACCCAGAUGAAGAUGAGGAUUAAUCAACUGGACUUGGUACAUGGUUAAGGAUUCAGUACAUCCAAUGAGCUUUCUCAUUGUCAAAAUAAAGUAUCAUCUAAUGGAAAGGAAAUGACUAAGGCAGAUAAGAGAAUGAGAAAUUCAUCUUCUCUGGUCCUCAUGGUAUUAUCUCCAUCCAAUUCUUGCUGUCUCCAUCAAUUUCUUUGAGCUUUAUGGAGAGUAACCAUGUCUCUGGAACUGAUCAAUAAAUUUUUGAUGAAAAUGUGAAUUAUUGUAACAACACUAAUUGUAAAAUUUGAAUCAUAUGUAUUGACUCCAUAUUUUACAAUAAAAUUACACUGAAAAUAUAAAAAAAUCUUUCUUUAAAAAUCCAAUUUAAACAUA